GGAAGCCGCGCGCCGCCCGGAAGCGGCGCACCCGCAGCGGCCGCCAUGGCGCCGGCGUCGCGCUCCCGCAGCCCGCCGGCCGCCAGCCCCGAGCGCCGCGCGCGCAGGUCCCGCUCCCGCUCCAGGGAGCGCGGCGGCCUGAAGCGUCCGAGCCACCGGCGGAGCCGCAGCCGCAGCCGCAGCCGGCCCCGCUCCCGCGAGCGCACCCCCGGCGGGCCGCGCUCCGCCGCGCACCACGGGCACCACCACGGCAAGGCCUGGCCCGAGUACUACGAGAAGGAGAAGGAGGAGAUCCUGCGGCAGAGGAGACUCAAUGAGAGAGAGAGAAUUGGAGAACUGGGGGCACCUGAAGUCUGGGGGCUGUCACCAAAGGUUCCUGACCCCGAUUCUGAUGAGCAUACGCCAGUAGAAGAUGAAGAGGCAAAAUCUAAGAGUAGUUCUUCAGACUCCAGCUCGGAAGAGGAAAAAAAGAAAAAGAGGAAGAAAAGGAAGAAGAAGAAGCGGAAGGCAUCCAAAAGAAAACGCAGAAAACAUUCUGAGGACAGCGACAGUGAGUCGGAGUCUGAGCAGAACUCCAGUGAUGAAGAUAAAAAGAAAAGCAAGAAGAAAAGAAAGAACAGAAAGAAGAAGUAUAAGAAAAAGAAAACUAAGAAGAGCAGGAAGGAAUCCAGUGAUUCAAGUAGUGAAGAUUCUGAUGACGAAACAUUGCAAGGGGAAGAUCUCUGGAUUGAGAGAUCAAAAAAUACAGAAGCUGAUAGCCUGAUUGGACCAGAAGCUCCCAAAACUCAUGCAUCUCAGGAUGACAGGCCUUUGAACUACGGACAUGCCCUCUUGCCUGGUGAAGGUGCAGCAAUGGCAGAGUACGUAAAAGCAGGAAAACGUAUACCCCGGAGAGGUGAAAUUGGCUUGACCAGCGAAGAGAUUGCAUCGUUUGAGAGCUCUGGUUAUGUCAUGAGUGGCAGCAGACAUCGCCGAAUGGAAGCUGUGCGUCUGCGUAAAGAGAACCAGAUUUACAGCGCAGAUGAAAAGAGAGCUCUGGCAUCCUUCAACCAGGAGGAGAGGAGGAAAAGAGAGAAUAAGAUCCUUGCAAGCUUUCGAGAGAUGGUCUACAGAAAGACUAAGGGCAAAGAGGAAAAAUAAUUCUUUAUUUGAACUGUACAGCAUAGAUGCUACCAAGCAGCAGCUAGCCUGUUCCACUUGUGAUUUGAAAAAAGCUGCAAGCGAUGCAGUGCCUUUCACCCAACAGAGCCAAGCCUCAGGACUGGAUUCCGUGUGUCAAGGAAACAGAAUUGCUUUUGUCAGAUUUUCUUGGAUGUUGUGUUCACCAUCUACAAGGAAUCCCUGUAAGGUGAAAGGCUGCAAGGCAGGAACAGGCAGGGGAGAUGAGAGGUGGCAAUGCUCUGUGCUCACUUUGAAUCAGGCAAACAGGAGGAUUCUGUGGGAGGGCUUUGUUACCUGACGGCUGUAAGUGCAAUUUUUCCAUUUAUUUUCAUUAAUGAGACUCAACUGCCAUCAGAAGCAAGCUGCUAGUAACAGCAGCAAAAGUGAAGGAAUUCCUAAGUUCUGUUUAAGGUCUAAGACUGUCCACUUAGGUAUUUUUUCAGAAGUCUUUUAGAUUUAUUUUAUUCUCAAAACAGUUCAGUUUGAUUUGCGAUUCAAACUAGACUUGUAAAUAGAAAUGAGUUUGUAAUUUACUACAGAUGGGCUUCAGUUACUUUAAAGCAAGCGAUCGCAACGGGGGUAGAAAGUAAUAGUAAUACAUGGGUCUGACCUUCAGUCCACCAAAGCCCGUGGUGAAGAACUCGGUUGCUUGCUUCUCUUUCUCCUAUGUUAUACAUAGGUAUCGAGCAGUGGAGUGCAGUGAUGGGAACCCCUGGAUGUAUGCAGGUGGGAACAAGGAUUUAUCUUUCAGUUUAUUUGAAAUUUUUUUGUCUGUGGAAGUGUUAUAGAUUAAAACCUUAUUUUAACUCCUACGGUAUUUUAA